CUAGAUCACAUGCAAAGGGACAGUUUGGGCACUGCUCAGGUGGCUGACCAAAAUAGUUCACAAUUCAACUCUUGAUAUCAUACAGAGGUUUAACUCACGACCCUCUCCAGGCGAGUUUCCCCCCAUGGUUUCCCAGAGGUUCCUUAAUCCUAGCUAUAUGUAAAUUACAGCCAAUAGAUGCUGUUGUUGAGUUGGACCUGGAUUAGUGGAGGCGAAUGAGUUUCAAUUUUACUGGAUUAGCUACAGAACAAAGAAACGGGACACACUCCACUGUUAAAGAAAAUAGAAAAAACGGGGGAAAUAGAAAAAUAAUCUCGGUGAUAACGGUUUGCUAACGAAUUUUGUGCAACAAUGUUUCAGAUUACAAGGCUUCGAAACCCCGAUAUUAAUGCUAGAUUUUAGAUGGGAAUUCUACCCAACAAUUUCGGUUGGAUUAAACGGGGAAUAACCAUAUUCCGGGAUUGACAGUGUAAAACAAUUUAAACGUUGAUGUUGGUAAGAUUAGAAUUCUGGGGGAGGAGAUGGGCCAGCUCGAUUGAACCAUCUCGCUAUUUCCAUAGCUAGCUAGCUAGAUGCGGACAAUGGUGGGAGUGAAAGAGGCCAUCUAUUUCGGUGGUGUAAUAGUUUUCAAGGGGCUAUGUUUGCUGUUGGUUCAGGGGAGGCCCUAUUCAGACUGUCUCUGUCUCUGCCCUCCCUCACUGUGGAGUCUAUGGUUUGGGGCUGCCCUGAGAGGCUAGGAUAAUGACUCCCAGUGUCUGGAGAGAUUAAAGGCCGGAGCUGCAUUGUUCAAAUGCCUCGAGAUUAGUUUCCAAGGAGCAGAUUGCUGUUGCCAUGAGAACGCAGCGCCUGGAAUCAGGAUCGGAGGGGAAAUUCUUCUUUUUAUAUGCCCCACUCUUCCCUCCCACUUUUAUUUACCCUUUCUUUCCUUGAUUUUGUAUUGACACUGAUUAUAUUGUCCAGUUAACAUGUUUGUGAUGAAAAUGUUAGGCUUACUCCCCUGCAAAUAGGCUAAUUGACCCUUUUCUAAGCCCCACCCCCUUGGUUACUGUUGAGCACGAGCAACGUGAAGUUCGUAGGUGCACAUCAAAUUUGGUGUCAGAUGACAGCUGAGUCUAUUUAUUUUAAGACAUAUACUGUAUACACUUUUUUCAUAAAUGUUCCAUCCAAAAAAUGUGGAAUAAGUAAAGGCUUUGAUUUCUGGUCAAACAGACAGAAAGGUGGUCUUAGAAAACAUCUAGCAGGAAAAGUCUUAAAAUGUAUUAGAAAUACAUCAAAACACAAUUAUGUUAAAGACCCUGGCAACUAAUAUCAACAUUUUAUAUUGUUUUUCAGAAAUUAUUUUCCUUUUGUAAGUAAAAAAAUAUAUAUAGCCUAGUGUCUUGUCAUUGUGUUUCCAAAAAUCUACAUAUCUUUAAGAUAUUUUAUAGUUACUCUCCUUCAUGAGGGAAGAUAAUGAAAGUUCACAGAAGUUACAAGUAAAGGUAGACCUACCAAUUAGUUUGUGUUUUUGUGAUAACAAUUUGUUUUUCGAUUUAUUAAGUGAUUUAAACAAGUCAUUCUGUUACCAAAUUGGUAACAUAAACUCUUAAAAAUCUGUAACAGAAUGACUGCAACUGAAUAGGCUACAAUGGGAAUUUAUAGAAGUCACAAACCAGUUGCGUCACCUGCUACUAUCCUCCCUUCUACUAGCAUACUGUUAUGCUCUGCACAAUGUUUCCGUUCUCUUUCUGUCCUGUGGUGGUCAAAGCAAGAGUGUGAAAACCGUCUGGACAACCCCUCCCUCUCUCUCUCCCCCUAUCUCUCUUCUAUCUCUCUCUCCAGUUAAUGUCAGCUUUCCCGGUCUUUUACUGACACCUACCCAUGAGCCCCCUCUCUUUCCAUACUGUAACCAGCCCUCUCACCCACUGAGCACCGACCGACAUCAGACGAUGAGAAGUAGUUGAAAUUUGAUCAGUCAAAAUCUGAACCAAUCAUAAAUGACAGUUUCACAAGUUUGGACAGCACAGUAGAUAGAGUACAGUAAAGAAAAGUAGAGUAUAGGACUGUACAGUAGAGUUUAGAACAGUACAGUAGCACACUAGAGUACAGUACUGUACUGUAAUAUACUGUGUUGAACUAGACUGUGUUGAACUCUACUGUGCUGUAGUGUGAUGUCCAAACUUAUGAAACAGACAUCUAUGAUUGGUACAAAUUUGUUCCGGUCCAACCACAUUUGGUCUUGUUUGGGGGAGGAGCUAAUUUAGAAUAAUAGCCAGUGUGUAGAAUAAUACCCAAACAUGCAAAGGAGAGUAGGAAAUGUUUCUACCUUCUGUGUACCUAUUUAGGAUACAUCACCAUGAAGAGAAUGAUAUUCAUAAUUAUGCAAUUCUGUAUAGUCAGAGACCCAUGAUGUCAUUCUGUGACCAUAAUUUUGUUACUGGGUGUUAAUCUACUUCAGUUACUUUAUUACAAUAAACAAACAAAAAAAUGUCAAACUCAAGGUGUCAUAUCAUAGCUGACACUCCAUUCUUUCUACAGACAUCUUUAAAUUUGGAGUAGAUAUUUAAGAGUUUUUGGAUAAUGUGGUCACAUAAAAAACUGAGGGAGAUUUUACCAUCAUUCUGUUAUCAAACUAUACAUCUGCACAGUUUUUCGAGUAAAUGUUACAUUUUCAGUGGAAAUCGUUAAAAGUAAACUUUGCAAUCAAUGGUUUUUGUUUGACAUUCUUUUAAAGUGAAAAAUCGGAAUAUCAGCAUCAUUGGAACAUUGCCCUAUGACAACUCGGAGAACAUUUUUCUGGGUAGCCCAAUUCCCCGUUCAAACUAGUGGAGAAAAACCCUCAGAAUGAUUUCAAACUGUGUUUUUAAUACUCGUGGAAGAUAAAACACAAACUAACCUUUGCUAAUCAGGAGCCUCUCGGGUAUGUUGUGGUGGACUGUUGCUUCACUGGAACCUGGUAAAAUAUUGUUUUUAGUGUGGUUAGCCACUGGAUGACUGAAUGCGCUGUGUCAGCAUGUAGCUACUAACCACUUUUGGAGCUAAUUAAUACUCUCAAAUCAUAUCCUGAUGUCGACAGCAGAUGAGGGUUAUAUACAUAAUAUAGCUAACUUAGCUAGCUAACAUACAUUUGGAGAAAACAAGGUAUAAUUAAUUGGCUAACUAGCAUUAGCAGCAUUUUCAAUGGUGGCCAAUGCAGCUAGCUAACAGUUUGUAACAGUUGCCAUCCAAUGGAGCCCUGUGAUUGAUUGCCCAAAAUUCUGGGGCGGGAUGUAGCGAACGGGCAGAUUACGAGUUCUCUCCUCCACGGCUGUCCAUUUUCCAAAUGACAUUGAACAUUUAGGGCUGUUAUGGUCAUGGGAUUUUGGGUGACUGUUAUUUGUCAGCCAAAUGACUGCGGUCACUGGUAUAAAAUAUGCACUUUUUCUCUUUUCCACCGCUCCUGAAUGCGGGGGGCUCAACCGUAGACUUGUUUGCUACAACACCUUGCUUGUUUCCGCAAAGAACAAGAAAGUUUCAUCACACUGUUACCAUGGAAACGGACUCAACCGCAGGAAUGCCUGUCUACCCCAUCCAUAGAUAUACACUGAGUGUACAAAACAUUAGGAACUUGUUAAAUCCACUUCAAUCAGUGUAGAUGGAGGAGAGGAGAUGGGUUAAAGAAGGAUUUUUAAGCCUUGAGACAAUUGAGACAUGGAUUGUGUAUGUGUGCCAUUCGGAGGGUGAAUGUGCAAGCCAAAAUAUUUAAGUGCCUUUGAACGGGGUAUGGUAGUAGGUGCCAGGUGUACCAGUUUGAAUGUGUCAAGAACUGCAGCGCUGUUUGGUUUUUCACACUCAACAGUUUCGUAUGGGUAUUAAGAAUGGUCCACCACCCAAGGACAUCCAGCCAACUUGACACAUCCAGCCAACUUGACACAACUGUGGGAAGCGUUGGAGUCAACAUGGGCCAGCAUCCCUGUGGAACGCUUUCGACACCUUGUAGAGUCCAUGCCCCGACGAAUUGAGGCUGUUCUGAGGGGGGAAAAGGGGUGCAACUCAAUAUUAGGAAGGUGUUCCCAAUGUUUUGUACACUCAGUGUAGCAUGGCCAUACUAUUUUUAAGGUCCCUGUCUUCAGUCAGAUGUUCGUUUCACAUACACAAAAAUAAAAUAAGCAUUUAUGAUGAUCUUCAUCCAAUUAUUAUCCAAUUACCGUGCCAGCCCUAAAUUUGAAAUGAGGCCUAAUCGGGAGCAAACAGAAUUUGGGUACAUUUUUCUUUCAAUUCCUAGACAAUUCCAACCUCUACAGUUAUUUGCUGAGUUACCUUCUAAGGAGAGCAAAUGAAGGAUGAAGAGAUUAAAAUAAAUAUUCAGAGCUAUCUUUAAUUGGCUGACAAAGGCGUAUCGUAAUUUGUUACUUUCGCAUGUGUGUGACGGAUUUGGGUAUUAGCAUAUUACAUGGAGGCUAUUACCGCCUUUUAAAAGCCUCUUAAUGUGAAUAAACCUCCCCCUCCACCCAAAUGACCCCCAUCCAACUGCCAUGUUUUAUCACUAUUCAAAAUGCAGCCAAACCCUGUUGUCAAAUCAGUGUGAGCUUCUUGUUCUUUUAUUGGUACGAUGAAUGGCAGAGACACCUUAUUCACUCCAGAUCAACGUCAUGUGCUUUUGGUUACUGCUCAUUAAUUUGUAGGCUUUAGCUACCUUAAAUGGCAGGACAUGACUUUGUCUACCUAGCAUAUGCCAUAUACUUAGACCAUGUAUACACAGCCUCCUUUUCUGCAGACGUGGGUAAAACUGAAUCAUUGUUCAGUGUUUUACUCAGAACCGAGCUCUGGGGUGAAGUUUCCCCUAGGUACAGAUCUGGGAUCAAAAAUCACAACAUCAACCAUUAGUGAGUAAAAGUCUAAACUGACCCAAGAUCAGUGUAGGAGCAACUUCAUCCUACUCCCAGAAGUGACUGAUGGGAUGCAAAUGAGAAGAGGAAUGGCACAGAUGAGGAAGUCGGGAUGUGACGGGAUAAGGACUAACUCCCGGACUGAGCUGCGGGUCCCACAGGUGUCGGCUAGACAGGAGAUCCUCACCAGCCUAGUGUCUGCGCUGGACUCAGUGUGUACGGCCAUGUCAAAGCUCAAUGCCGAAGUGGCUUGCGUCACAGUGCAUGAGGACAGCGUGAUCGCCGUGGGAACAGAGAAGGGAAGAGCUUUUCUCAACUCACGGAGGGAAAUACAAACAGAAUUCCACAAGUUUUGCAGGGUGCCCUGUCUGCAAGGGCUGACCACAGUGAAUUCCCAUGCCAAAGUCCAGGAGAGUGAAUCCAGCAAGCUUGGCAAAGAGGGCGGGCACGGCAAACAAAGGGCGUCAACAGAUGCCCACUCUAACAUCUUUGUCUUGAGGAAAAUGGUGGAGGAAGUCUUCAGUGUGCUUUACAGUGAGGCUGUUGGAAAGAGCAAUAGCCUGGUCCCUGUGCCUUAUGAGUGGAUCCUGAAGGACCCCAGCUCUGUGGUGGCCCACGGCCUGCCUGAAGGGAUCGCUCUGAGGAAACCUGCUGAGUAUAACACCAAGACCUUAAUGAAGAUUCUGGAGCAGAGCAACCGCAUCUACUUCACUGUCAAAAGGGGAACAGAGGAGCCUUUGCGUGAGACUAAGUCCAGUGCCGGCAAUGUCAGCAACCACAACUCCUUCUCGGGCACCACCAAGAUCCUAGCCAAACACGGCCCAGCCUCCAAGCCUGCCUCCACCGCCCAGGAAUUGUCCACCGCAUCAGUCUCGGCCAGCAACUCCAUGCUCUCCAGCUUCCUGUAUGGCAUGCCCAUGUCUUCCCUGCCGCACCCUGACGGCAACCCCACGUCCCUCCUCAACCUGGACAAAGACCGCCUGGGGGCCUGGGUGGCAGGGGUGGAGAAAGGGACGGCCGCCAAGGACAGUUCCGACAAUGUACUCCAAGGGGAGUUGGGCCAGAGUCCUCCCAGCAUCCACUUCUCCAAGCGCCUCCUGUUUUCCCUCGUACAUGAGAAGUCAGAAAAAUGGGACUCGUUCAUUCGAGAGACAGAGGACAUCAACACGCUGAGAGAAUGUGUGCAGAUCCUGUUCAACAGUCGCUAUGCGGAGGCCCUGGGGUUGGACCACAUGGUUCCAGUGCCGUACCGAAAGAUAGCCUGCGACCCAGAGGCUAUGGAGAUCAUUGGCAUCCCAGACAAAAUCCCCUUCAAGAGGCCCUGUACCUACGGAGUACCCAAACUCAAACGCAUCCUGGAGGAGCGCCACGGGGUCCGCUUUGUAGUGAAAAGAAUGUUUGACGAAAGGAUUUUCACAGCUGCUGGUAAGGUGGCCAAGGAGGAGGGGAAGCAUGACAUAAACUCCACCUUUGAGGAUGGUUUCCCUGACAACCUCCAGUUCCCGUUGGCUGCACUGGAGCUGGUCACCAAUCCUCAUAGCAGCAGAUCUACAAGCUCUUGUGUGAGUCCAUUGGCUGACUGCGAAGCAGGGCCUUCAGGAGAUUGUAUUCCCUUGAAAAAGAUUAAAACGGAACCCCCAGAUGGGGAAAUCAUCCAGGUGACUGUACCAGAUGCCAGUGUUUCAGUGGAGGAGCCAAGUGAGCCUCAGGCUGACCCAGUUGCAGCAGCAGUGUUGGCAGUGGCCAACCUGGCGCAGGCUUCUUCCUGCCGCCCUUUGGAGACCCACGCAGCUGAAGCACUUUCAUCUAAACCAGCUUCUCAAGGCCUCAGAAGAUCUUCUGAAGGAAAUCUAGCUGAGGACAUAGGUGAAAUUAUCCUCCAACUUCGGAGGCAAGUGGAAAGCCUAUUCAGCACUAAGUAUGCCGAGGCCCUUGGACUACCUGAGUCUGCAAAGGUGCCCUACUCCAAGUUUCAGAUGUACCCAGAGGAGCUGUGUGUCACAGGGCUCCCAGAGGGCAUGACUUUCCGUAGGCCCAACUGUUUCGGAGCGGCAAAGCUGCGCAAGAUCCUGGCCGUUGGCAGCCAGAUCCACUUUGUUAUCAAAAGGCCAGAACUGUUAACAGAUCAAGUCAAGCUAGAACCGCCUCCUCUCCCAGCCUGUGAUUCAGACUUUUUUUCCACAGACCUGGACUCCAAAGAUGCUUUGUCAGAAGACGUAGGGGCUGCAAUGCAGAGACCAAGCUUCCCAGAUAGCUUAGAGGCCAAGCUGUCUAGGAUCGACCUGGCCAACACCCUGAGAGAGCAGGUCCAGGACCUAUUCAACCGGAAGUAUGGGGAGGCACUUGGCAUCAAAUAUCCCGUCCAGGUGCCUUACAAGAGAAUCAAGAGCAACCCGGGCUCGGUGAUCAUCGAGGGCUUGCCCCCUGGCAUCCCCUUCAGAAAACCCUGUACCUUUGGCUCGCAGAACCUGGAGAGGAUCCUGGCAGUUGCCGAAAAGAUCUGCUUCACCAUCACCAGACCUUUCCAAGGACUGAUCCCUAAACCAGCACCUCGUCGGAUCACUUUAUUGAAGAAGGCCUACGCCUCAAUAAGUGAUGAGGAAGAGGUCAACUGCAUCGGGGAGAAAGUGAUCCUUCGCGAGCAAGUGAAAGAACUCUUCAACCAGAAAUAUGGUGAUGCUUUGGGCCUGGACCACUCUGUAUUGGUCCCAUACAAGCUGAUCCGUGCCAGUCCCGAGUCUGUGGAGGUUAGUGGCCUUCCGGACGAUAUUCGCUUCCGAAAUCCCAACACUUACGACAUAGUCCGUCUGGAAAAGAUUCUUCAAGCCCGAGAUGAGAUCAACAUCAACAUCAAAAGCCAGCUACAGCCUUUUGCAGAAAUAUGCACCCAAACAUGUAACACAGAAGAGAAAGAGGUUUCUACCAAUCGACGCAAACGCAAAAGAGUCCUGGAGAGCAGCCGGGUGUCCUUACCCUCCGAGUCAGGGGUAUCAACCAAUCAGAUUCCAGUGAUGCAAUGGCCCAUGUACAUGGUGGACUACAGUGGAGUGAAUGUGCAAGUCCAUGGGAAGGUGAACUACUAGAAGAGGAAAAAUAUGCUAUGCUACAGGAAGAGAAUAGACAUGAGAGGACUUUAUCAAAGCUGUACUUAUAACCACGUCUCCAAGUUUCAGCUUUGCCCGUGUGCUGUUGCUUAAAUAAUCUUCUAACUGAAAAUAUAGGUUUGGAUGUGUGUUUUGGAAUGGUGGCGAUUGCCAAUAUUAGGUGGCUUGGGUGGAAAGGUGAGGAGGAACUAUAGAAUCUGUGCAUAAUUUGUUGCAGGAUGCUUUCUUUUCUUUUGUCUUCCCCCACAAGUCCUGAUGGGGCUUUCUUGAUACACCUAUUUCAAAAGUGAUUACAAAAAAACGCUAUUCAAUCCGACUGGGGUUAUGUUAUGGCACUAAGCUUAUGGAACUCACAAUUACUGAAGUACUCACUAUUUUAGAUAAUUUUUAUCAGAUCCAACAUGGAGACUUUCGUUAUGGGGUGUAACUACGGCACAAAUGUAUUGGAUCAAUCUGGUUUUACAACAUUCAGAUAUUUGUAUGAUUAUUUAUUUAUUUAUUUUGAAGAUAUAAAAAAAAAAAUAACAUGUGCAGGGAUGUAAAUUACAAUGUUCAGUAAUCUAAGUACUGAAUCAAAUGUCUCUACAACGCUAACUACUACUGUAUGUAACUCAAAAAGUAUAUCAAUUGAAAUAUGUUUGCCUUCAGGUGUGCGUACCGGUAUUCUCCGUGGUAGGAAUAACCCAAGGUGAUAGCACUAUAUCUAAGAAAACAUUACAUAUUUUGUAUAACUACAUGGCUUUUCUUUUAUCACAGUACUUGUACAUAGAGUUGAGAUUUCUCAACUCGGCUUUUCUUAUGUUUGUUCCACAUCUGCGCUAAGUUGAAAUGUCUCAUUAAGUCAACAUGAAUGUAACGUGUGUAAAAGAAAGAAUGGUCUGUGUUAUCCUGUAACGAUUGUCUCUGGAUUCACCAGUAUUUAUAUGCUGUACCUUAAUGCCAUUUAGGCCUUUGAAAUAAAAUGUGUUGCCUUGCACUUUCAUUGGACUGCAGUGACUUUGUGUGUGAUGAAUGCAAGUUAAAAAAAUAAAAAUUAUUCGAAAGGAAGUUUAAACCUA